UAUGAACAUUAAAAUUUACCAAAUAUAGUAUAGUUUUAUAGAACAGUUCCACGAGAUGUAACAAUUUAAAAACAACAACAAUUUUGGAUCAAUUUAAACAACGAGAGGAUAUUUGGUUUUAAGAAAAAGAAAACAAAUGUCGCAAGGCCACGACGACGGCAUUGGCAUUGUAAUUGACAAUGGAUCCGAUAUGUGCAAGGCCGGCUUUGCAGAUGACGAUGCACCUAGAGCUGUAUUUCCGGCAAUCGUAGGCCGUCCUAAGUAUAAUCCUUGUAUGGUUGGAUCGCAAUUUAAAGAUGCGUAUGUUGGCGACGAAGCUCAAAUUGAAAAUGAAAUUUUGUCUUUGAAAUCACCAGUUGAACAUGGCAUUGUCACUAACUGGGACGAUAUGGAGAAAAUUUGGAACCACACAUUUUACAACGAACUUCGUGUGGCUGAAGAACAUUCGGUUUUACUUACAGAAGCGCCAUUAAACCCAAAAGCUAAUAGAGAGAAAAUGACACAAAUUAUGUUCGAAACAUUUAAUAUACCCGCAUUCUACUUGUCUGUCCAAGCUGUUUUAUCAUAGUACGAUGCCGGCAGGACCACAGGUGUGGUGUUCGACUCCGGUAACAAAGUAUCUCACGUGGUACCGAUUUAUGAAGGAUAUGCUUUACCACACGCUGUUGAACAGAUUAAUCUGGCAGGAAAAGCGCUGACAAAGAAUUUGUCAAAACUUCUGAUUGAACGCGGAUAUAGUUUCAAUACUUCCUCUGAAUUGAAAAUAGUUCGCGAUAUCAAAGAAAAAUUGUGUUAUUCCGCCUUAGACUUUGAACAGGAAAUGAAUGCAGAAAGGAUGAAAUGUGAAUUAGACAAUUUGGUUCCCAGCUCUAUGAAGGUCAAGGUCAUUGUACCUUCAGACAGGAAGUACUCAGUAUGGAUUGGUGGUUCUGUUCUCGCUUCUCUAACUAUUUUCAGUCAAAUGUGGAUCUCUAAACAAGAGUACUACGAAUGUGGACCGAGCAUUGUGCAUAGGAAAUGUUUUUAAAACUGUUGAGAUUAUAUGUACACUUGACUCGGAAUUUUUAUUUUGUCAAUAUCAAAUUCUUGUUAAUUUGAUGAUUAGCACGGUCACCUUGAAGGAAAAAAAGCUGCAACAUCAUUUCAAUUUUGCUUUGCUAUCAACAUGUUCAUUAUUGAAGGGUUCAUUUUGCUUUGUGGUAUUUUUAAUAUAGAUAACAAAAACGUGAAAGCUUACUAAAAGGAAAAUAUAGGCCUAGCGUACAU